GAUUCUAGUUCCAACAUAAGGAGGGACAGACCUCAUAGUGAAAGCGUAAUGAGCGCCAGUACUAAUGUUGACAUGUUUAGACUUGGGCAAGAAGUUGCAAAGCCUUUUGAACCAUGGAGUGAAUCGUUUUUAGAAGCAGCUGGGCAGCUCGAGAACCAGGAAAGAAUAAAACUUGAUUUAGUAUUUGAAGAAAUAUCGGAGAUGCAUAAAAAGAUGAAAAAGAUUGUGAAUAAUAAUGAGGAUGAAUUAUUAAAUGCACCGCAAAUACCAGCAAGUGAAUUGUCGGAUCCUUCCCCCAAGGUUAUACGGGGAAAAAUUUACAAACAAAUGUUAAGAGAUGUGGUCCCCGUUGCAUGCAAACCCGUCAUAAUUCCAGAUAAUUCGUCAAGAGAUGCUUUAAGGAUCAAAGGACAAUUGGCUAUUUUAGGAAGAUUGUAUUCGUCAAAUCACAUUAUCAAAUUCCAUGGAGUGUCUACAAUAAAUGGUCAUAAGAACAUUGUGUUAGAUUGGGCGGAGCAUGGGAAUUUGAGGCAAGUAUAUGAGGAAAAAAAGUUGAAUUGGCAUUUAAAACUCAAGAUAGCACACGAAAUAUGCAACGGUCUGGUGUUCCUACAAGCAUGCGGUAUAUUUCACCAUGACAUAAGGUGUGAAAACAUUUUGAUUACUGGUGGGGAUAAGUAUGAGGCAAAGAUUGCCAAUUUUUAUUUGAGUCGAGAUACCUCACAGAUGAGUCAUGGAAUUCCAAAUUUGUCCACCAUAGUUCGCUGGCUGGCUCCAGAAAAAAUGCCGAGAGGAAAUAACCCGAUAAAAGAGCCAUACACGUUUAAAUGCGAGUUGGCCUUUGAAAGAUUCCCGUAUAAAGAGAAGGAAAUGCCGGAAAUUACCGAACAUGUUCUAGCAAAGAAAAGAGAAACCUUGAAUUUUUCAGAUGGACCUCAGGAAAUAGUAACCGGAUUUAAUAAUAUCAUAGUAGCAUCGUGGAACCACGAUCCUCAAUUGCGCCCGGUAAUCAAAGAUUUAUUCAGUGACCUUACUAUGUUAGUUAAUCAACAUGGUAGGAAUUCGUCCGAAAUUGAAUUCGUAACAAGGACCGAAAAUCCGCAAAAAUCGAAGCAAACUCUGUUAGUACACCCUCCCGUUUUGCCACCACAAACUGCCGUCACAUUUAUAUCACUUGCGAUCAAUGUUGAUUGA